AUGGAUUCAGUAUAUGUACCUUCUAAGAAUUCCCGUAUUUUGAGUGAAAACAGGGUCUCCAAGAUAAACAAAUUGUAUGAAGAUGUUCAAAAACAGAGGUCUAAACAACAGUCAAAUCAUACCUAUGGGGAUUCAGUUGUAUCAAAUAAUUCUACUAGUGUAGUUGGAUUAGAGUCGCCGACAUUAGAGGAGAUGAAUGGUCCUGGUCCAGUGGUUAACAGGCGAAAUUCGAUAUCAAACUCUGAUUUCACUAUAAAACCGCAAUCUAUAUUUACCGGGAAGCAAACUAGACCUUCUCCUGCUAGCAGUUACGGUUACAAUGGGGAUAGCCCUGAUAUUAGUUAUGGAGAAAGUAAUUUUGAAAGAGAACAGGAAGAAGAUGACCAGAAUCUGAUGCCUAGGUUAAGAUCGAAAGGAAGUAUAAUACGUAUGUCGGCAGAAAACACACCAUACAAACCAGUCAGGCAAUUUAUGGUGGGCAGCCAGGCUGUGAGAGUCCGAGCACAGCGAUCUGCCUUGCGCCAGUCGCCACGAAAACGAAAUACCAGGACACAAUUGCGUUCUCAAUUGGGAAAACCAGUACCACUUGACUACAUGCCAUCCUCUGGGGCGCAGUACCAGCGAUCAGCAGAGGAUGAUUCUGCUUCACUCGAGUUGAGGUUAAAAAGGAUCAUGGAGAAAGAUAGGUCUGUAUUUGAAAAUAAACUCAGAAACAUACGACGGCAUUAUGACGAAGAUCCAUCUGAAACGCAGGCUCCUGUAAUGUACAACAAGGUAACUGCGAACAAACACGGUACCUCUACCGACAACAAUGUAUAUGAUAAUGCGCAGGUUAAUGAUGGCGAUCACAUUAGAGCAGAACUUUCCAAGCAAACGCAAAAGUUGGAUGAGAUUCUCAUGCUGUUACGGUCAAGUUCGAACGGCACUCAUAUGGAACUUUUAUCGUGGGUGACAUGUAUUAUAAUACUCCUAUUUUGCAAUAUAUAUGUGUACUAUUAUCUAUGA